UAUCAUGUUGUGUGUGACCCAUUUGUUGGAAGCUGUAAUUAUAAUACCAUUUCCCGGAUUAAUCUUUUUGCAUCUACCCAAAAUUGGAUGAUAGUAUGUUUUUCUUAUACCAAUACUCAUGCCAUAAGAUGAAUGCACAAAAUGUUUUUCUUUGAAUGCUGCUCUUUUUCAAUUCAUCAUCAAAUUAUGUUCCCUCUUGUGUUCUUCAAGACUCACUUGCCCGGCUGAGACGAGAUUGAUUGAUGAUGCAUCCGUGCAAUAUGGAGAAGAAAAUGGAGAGGAUUACCACUUUCUUGAUGGGGAUUCUGGUAAUGUGUUGCUGGGCGGCCAUGGCAGAAGCAGAAUACAUGAAAUACAAAGAUCCAAAGCAGCCGUUGAGUGUUCGAAUCAAGGACCUGAUAAGCCAGAUGACAUUAGAGGAAAAGAUAGGCCAGAUGGUGCAGAUUGAACGGCAUGAUGCCUCUGCUGAGGUCAUGAAGAAGUACUUCAUCGGAAGUGUAUUGAGUGGUGGUGGGAGUGCUCCAGCUAAAGAGGCAUCUGCUGAGACUUGGGUUAACAUGGUGAACGAUUUCCAGAAGGGUUCCUUAUCAACUCGUCUUGGGAUCCCAUUGAUUUAUGGGAUUGAUGCUGUUCAUGGCCACAACACCGUUUACAAGGCAACCAUUUUUCCUCACAAUGUUGGGCUUGGAGCUACAAGGGACCCUGUACUUGUCAAGAAAAUUGGAGCUGCAACUGCACUUGAAGUUAGAGCUACAGGAAUUUCUUAUGUUUUUGCUCCAUGUAUUGCGGUUUGCAGAGAUCCAAGGUGGGGUCGGUGUUAUGAGAGUUACAGCGAAGAUCCCAAGAUUGUUCAAGCAAUGACUGAGAUCAUAUCAGGACUGCAAGGAGAUGUUCCUGCUAAUUUCCCAAAGGGUGUUCCCUUUGUUGCUGGCAAAACAAAGGUCGCAGCAUGUGCAAAGCAUUAUGUGGGUGAUGGUGGAACAAUCAAAGGACAGAACGAGAACAACACUUUAAUAAGCAGGGAGGGAUUGCUACAUAUCCACAUGCCAGCUUACUACAAUUCAAUUAUGAAGGGUGUCGCAACUGUUAUGGUAUCCUACUCAAGCUGGAAUGGGAUAAAAAUGCAUACCAACCAUGAUCUUAUCACUGGCUUUCUUAAGAACACUUUACGUUUCAGAGGUUUUGUCAUUUCAGAUGCAGGGGGUGUGGAUCUGAUCACUACUCCACCUCACGUUAACUACUCGCAUUCCAUUAAAGUUGCAAUUAAUGCCGGCAUUGACAUGGUCAUGGCUCCCUAUAACUAUAAAAUAUUAAUUGAUGACCUAACGUUCCUGGUGAAGAAUAAAUCCAUUCCCAUGAGCCGAAUUGAUGAUGCAGUGAAGAGGAUUUUGAGGGUCAAAUUUGUGACGGGCAUGUUUGAGAAUCCAUUUGCUGAUCUUAGCCUCGCCAAGUACAUAGGAAGCCAGGAGCACAAAGAAUUGGCUAGGGAAGCAGUGAGAAAAUCUCUUGUGCUACUUAAGAAUGGUGGCAAAUCUGCCAAGUCAUUGUUACCCCUUCCUAAGAAGGCAUACAAAAUACUCGUUGCAGGAAGCCAUGCAGAUAACCUUGGUUACCAAUGUGGUGGGUGGACAAUCACAUGGCAGGGACUUGGUGGCAAUGGCCUCACAACUGGUACCACAAUCCUCACUGCUAUAAGAAACACUAUUGAUCCAACAACUGAACUCAUCUAUAAAGAGAACCCUGAUGCUGAAUUCGUCAAGUCCAACAAAUUCUCCCAUGCAAUCGUUGUAGUGGGAGAACCCCCCUAUGCAGAGGGAUAUGGUGACAGCUUGAAUUUGACAAUCCCUGACACCGGCCUGAGCACCAUAAAAAAUGUAUGUGGAGCUGUGAGAUGUGUUGUCGUCAUCAUCUCUGGCCGUCCUGUAGUUAUUCAACCAUAUCUUGCCACAAUUGAAGCCCUUGUAGCUGCUUGGCUUCCUGGAACUGAAGGUCAAGGUGUUGCAGAUGUUUUAUUCGGUGACCAUGGUUUCACCGGCAAGCUCGCGCGGACUUGGUUCAAGACUGUUGAUCAGCUCCCAAUGAAUGUUGGGGAUCCACAUUACGAUCCCCUCUUUCCAUUUGGAUUUGGACUCACUACCACACCUACUAAUGUGUAGUGUGAGUACUUUGUUUAUGACAAAUCACUCCCAUCCAAUGGCUUUUUAAUUAGUGCUUACUAUUUAACAUUAGUAUAGAAAGCGUGUGAGGACGGACCAACCACAUUGUAGUCUCUAUGUAAUAAAGGCACUGUAUAUCUACAAGUGCGUAAAUCAUUAUAAUCCAACGAUGAAAGCUGAAUUUAUGCAACAAAAGCCCAAUCUCUAAUUGGUGUGAAAAA